CCUUUCUUGUACAGUCGUUUGUUUCUAUCACGAUAUUUAGGAAUGAUUUCACGACUUUGAUAGUGCCGUUCUGUACAAGUUCUUCAAGCCUCGUUACCUUCGCAUCCAGUAUCGCGCCGCUGCUUGAUAAUCGCCUAAUCUUCCUCUAGAAUACUUAGGAAUUCGACACAGUCAUGGGUGUCCCGAAGUUCUUCAGAUGGCUCUCGGAGCGCUAUCCGGCAAUAUCGCAACUCAUUGCGGAGAAUCGUAUUCCGGAGUUCGAUUGUCUCUACCUCGAUAUGAAUGGCAUUAUCCAUAACUGCACCCAUAAAGACUCCGACUCGCCCACCUUUCGCAUGACUGAAGAUAAAAUGUUUAUCGCUAUAUUCAACUAUAUCGAACAUCUUUUUGGCAAAAUAAAGCCGAAAAAGCUCUUCUUCAUGGCCAUCGACGGUGUCGCCCCUCGAGCCAAGAUGAACCAGCAACGAGCGCGCCGGUUUCGUACUGCCUUAGACGCAGAGAUUGCGAAGGAAAAAGCCAUUAGGGAGGGAAUUGAAAUGCCGAAGGAAGACCCUUUCGAUAGCAAUUGCAUUACACCAGGGACGGAAUUUAUGGCCAAGCUUACGAAACAACUCAAAUACUUCAUUAACAAGAAGGUAUCAGAAGAUGCGAAGUGGCAGGGGGUGGAAGUAAUCCUUUCAGGCCACGAAGUCCCGGGAGAAGGGGAACACAAGAUCAUGGAAUACAUCCGACAGGCGAAAGCCCAGCCGGACUAUGAUCCGAAUGUCCGCCACUGCUUAUACGGCCUAGAUGCAGAUCUGAUCAUGUUAGGCUUAUUAAGCCAUGAUCCCCAUUUCUGUCUUCUUCGUGAAGAGGUUACAUUUGGCCGACAAAAUCAGAAGAAAGUGAAGGAGUUAGAGCAUCAAAAUUUCUACCUUCUACACCUAUGCAUCGUCAGGGAGUACUUGGAACUGGAAUUUCAGGAGUUGGAACAAGAAGGAGCAUUGCAGUUCGAAUUCGAUAUGGAAAGAGUAAUUGACGAUUUCAUUCUGAUGGCAUUCUUUGUUGGAAAUGACUUCUUACCCAACCUUCCUAACUUGCAUAUAAAUGAGGGGGCAUUGGCAUGGAUGUUCAAGGUAUACAAAGAGGUUUUACCAAAAUUGGACGGAUAUAUCAACGAACGUGGACGUAUCAAUCUGAACAGAUUGGGUGUCCUUCUAGACUCGCUGGGCGAUGUCGAAUUUCGUUUCUUCGAAGCCGAAUAUUCAGAUUCUCGGUGGCUUAAGUCCAAACUAAGCCGUGGAGAAGAGAAACCAGAAAUUUUGGAUGAUCCCAAGGCCCUAACCAUUUCGCCCGCACAAAAGCAUAUCCUUAGCAAAGUUAAAAAGUACAUCUCUCAUCGCCCAGUCAAUGACGAUGGCUAUCCUGUUCCUCUUGAUCUCUCGCCAUCUCUGCCGGCAAGAGACCGGAAAUUCGUGGAGCAGCUUGCGGAUGACCUUCGUAUUUCUUGGUCUUCCGUUUCAAAUGAACAUGGGGACCGUUUCUUGAGACUGCAAUUGCCUUCAAAGCAGCAAUUAGCGAAUGGCGAUAGCGCUUCAGAAGACGAGGACGAAGAGGCUCAAAUUGCUGUGCUGCGUGUUCUCAAGAAGUACGAGAAUGCGAAGGUCAAGGAGACUACCGCGGAAGAAGCCCAACAAAUAGCGGAAAAGAAAUACGAGCAAAAGUUUCAGGAAUGGAAGAACAAAUACUACGAAGGGAAGUUUGGCUGGGGUACCGACAACGAUGAAGAAAUGCGCAAGUUGACCGAAAAUUACGUCCAGGGGCUUCAAUGGGUUCUUUACUAUUAUUAUCGGGGCGUUGCAUCGUGGCCAUGGUUUUAUCGUUAUCAUUAUUCACCAAUGAUAUCUGAUGUGAAGCGUGGAUUGGCUGCUGACAUGGACUUUAAACUGGGUCAACCUUUUUUCCCUUUCCAGCAACUCAUGGGUGUGCUACCAGAUCGCAGUAAGAAGAUAGUACCUCAAGCCUAUCACGAACUGAUGAUUUCGCCUGAUUCGCCCAUCAUCGACUUCUACCCUCGGGACUUCGAAUUAGACAUGAAUGGAAAGAAAAUGGAAUGGGAAGCUGUUGUUAAGAUCCCAUUCAUCGACGAGGAUCGUCUUCUCAAGGCGAUGGCAUCUAAGGAGCACCUACUCACGCCAGAGGAAAAAGCGAGGAACAAUUUCGGUGUUACGCUAAAAUUUACGCAUUCUCCUGAUAUUGAAUUUACAUAUCCUAGCUCCUUUGUGGGCGUGUUUCCUGACAUCCCGAGGUGUCAUUGCAUAGAAAAUGUUUAUGAACUACCAACUAUGGAAGGAUUGGAACCUUAUGUCGGCCUGAUGGAUGGUGUCAAGCUAGGAACAGAGGCAUUGGCUGGAUUCCCAAGUCUGAAAACACUCCCACACACUGCCCAGCUGGGCUUCCACGGUGUAACCGUCUUCCAGCAGGAGAGUCGCAACGAAAGCAUGGUCGUCACUCUGACAGAACCGGAAUCCCGCUCGCGUGCCGAGAUUGCCAAGUCAAAAAUAGGCAAACGAGUUCAUAUUGGAUACCCUUUCCUGCACGAGGCACUGGUGGUUCGUGUCUCAGACGAGCUAUUCGAUUACGUCCAAGUGGAUGGUGAAGAGCACAUUGUUCAAAUUCCGCAUAGCCCAGGGCAAAUAGAUCAAUGGAAGAAAAAGUCGGACAGAAUUGAAUCCAACUACAGCAAGAGAUUAGGCAUGAUCAUUGGCGAGGUGGAGUCUAUUGUGCACGUUCAUGUAUUAAAGGGCCUUGUGAAAACGGAGCUUGGAGCUACUGUAAAAGAAUUUGCAGAGAUUCCAGGCAUUGAAACGGAUUAUGCUUCACAGUUGAUAGUGGACGAGGUCAUCAGUCAGGAUGAUCGUUUCAUCGAACGUGAAGCGGUCCCUAUCGAAGAAGAGUUCCCGGAAGGCACCAGGGCGUUCUUCUUGGGCGAAUACAAUUACGGCGCUCCGGUACACAUCACAGGCCACGACGAUGGCAAGCUACAAGGCCUUGUUUCUACCACCAAAGGCGCAAAAGAACCCGAAUUCGGCAAAGAGCAGGUUGUCAUUGCUGAGAGCCACUCCCCGUACACGCCAUCUUUUGCAGUUUCUCGAAAUCUACAACUAAACCCCCUAACUGUGGCCAAAAUUACGUCCUCGUUUUCGGUCAUGUCUGAGGGGAAACGGAUUAAUUUGGGUUUAAACCUCAAGUUCGAAGCGAAAAAGCUUAAGGUUCUAGGCUACUCCCGCCGUGGACAGAAUGGAUGGGAAUUUAGUGAGAAAGCGAUAGGCCUGCUCCGUGAAUAUAUGAUUAAGUUUCCGGAAUUCAUUGCAGGGAUUCAGCGGAAACCCCAAGGGGAUUUGUUUGAACCCACAGACUUUUACCCACCAGAAGUCGCGGCGACUAAGAUUAAAGAAAUCCAAAGCUGGCUGAAGUCGAUCGAGGCGAAAAAUUUUGAACGCGUGCCCCUGGAAGCUGAACAACUUGACUCGGAUGUUGUGGGAGCUAUCGAGGAAGCUGCAGAUAAAUGGUUCCGCAAUAAACCUUCACCUAUUCCUCAAAAGAUUAGAGGUGUUCCACGGAAUGCUGUGUUAAAGCCUGCAGAUGCGGAACAUAGGCUGGGGAAUCAACGGUUCGCUCUUGGGGACAGAGUUAUCUAUGCCCAAGAUUCCGGAAAGGUCCCUAUCGCCACCAAGGGUACCGUUGUCGGUUUGACACGGACGUCUAGGACGGUGCUUUUGGAUGUGAUUUUCGACGUUUCUUUCAUGAGUGGCACUACUCUAUCCGGUCGUUGCUCGCCAUUCAGGGGCCAAACGGUCGCUGCAUCGUCCGUAUUGAAUCUGACAAACAAGCAACUUGUUGCUAUGACUCGAGCUGCCAACGAGCAGGCUAAAGCACAACAGCAACGAACCUCUGCUAAUCAAGGUUACGGAGCUCCUCUUGGUCCUGGUGGUCGGGGACAGCUGAAAGAUGCUCCCACUCCUCCGCCCCUGAGAGGCUCGUUCCGAUCAGCCAUCAAUGGACAUGGUAGUCCAAGGGGCAAUGGUCUGCCCCGUGGGCGUGGCGCACCACACAUUUUACCAUUCCGUCAACAUCCCCAAAGCGAUCCCGCGCGAGCCCAAUCCUCGGGAGUCCACCAGACACGAUCGUGGCGCGGGCGUAGCAACAACCAGGGCAGUAGUAGCGCGAGUCAAAAUAUGGACAGCGAAAUGCAUAAGGGUACAGCACCCGUUCGUGGUCGGGGAAGAGGAGCCAGUGCAGCUCAGCUUCCACAUUCCCGCGGCGGAUAUGUGUCCGUGGAAAGAGUGGAUCCUACAACCGAUGUCAUCCAUAAUAAUCCGAAUUUCAGACCAAGACCAUAUAAUGCCGUCCCUCCACCUACAAAUCUAAAUCACCGCGGAUCCCACCGCGGCAGAGGCCGUGGAGCCCCGCGUGGUAGAGGCCGAGGAGCACUAGGCCGUGGAAGAGGUACUGCAACUGCUGAGAGCUAAGCGGCUGCAUCUAACUAGACAUAAUUCGGGUGAUAGUAUCCUACCCCUUGCUUUCGUUAUCGUUUCUUUGUGUAAAGCUUUAGUUUGAAGCGGGAGAUGAUGUGACAUAGUUUCAUACGGAAUAUACAUUGCCGGAUCGUUUCGGAGGACAGGGUGUUCUGGCAACCAUUGAAUUCUCUCGUUCCCUGUAAUUGCCCGGGAUUUUCUCUUCAAUGGCUUGAAUUUUGGGCUAUGGCACCUGGAGGUUAAAUAGUCGUUGGUUAGAUUACCGGUGACACUCGUUUGUUGAAUGGAUUAUAAUCAAAAGGGCCUCAGCCUAUGAAGUAGUUCAUGGUGAUAUUCGGCAUCAAUAUGAUACGAAGAAUUUACGUGAGAGGGGAAAAUAUAAAUCAACAGCUAAGGAGGUAUUGACUGCUAAUUCAUGCCUCGAAUCCUAAUGUAAGGUAUGGAGUAAUUUCUACCAUAUAUUUCACUUCAUUAUCUGACUAGCCGCCGGAGCCUAGGCCCGGAUUCUUGUUACGAGUUUGUCUCCAAAUUUUGGAUAAAGACUCUUCAAAUUAUUCAUUAUGUAUGCUCAAAAAGGUAAAUGAGGGCAAUCAAUCUUACUUUUACCAUA